UUUUUCUUUGAAAUUGAUAUUUCCCCUAAUUUUCACAUUAGAAUUUGUACAUAAAAGUAGUUAAAAAGUAAGCGCAGGCGGGAGUGGAUAAUCUAACCUCAGACGGACGGAUAGGCGGUGACUGCUGCUCCCUCGCCUCGCCCAAUUUCCCUCUCAAUGAGCUGUCUGCUGCUGCCCAAUUCGUGGUCCACAACAAUUCUCGCUUCUAAGGAAAGAAGAGUGAUAGAGCCACGAAAGAAGCAGCAAGAUGCAGGAAGCACCAGAGACAGAAUCCUAAUUACCAACUCCGAGAUUGCUCAACCAAAUAGCAUCCCUCCAUUGGUUAGUGCCUUGAAAACUUGCGCUCACCAAAACGCUGCUACUUUUCAUUUUCCAGGACAUAACAGGGGUCGGGCUGCACCCUCAUCCUUAGUUCAUCUCAUUGGUUUGAAGCCCUUCAUUCACGAUUUACCUGAGCUUCCCGAACUUGACAACCUAUUUUCUCCAGAGGGCCCCAUUUUAGAGGCACAAAAGCUAGCUGCCAAGCUGUUUGGAUCCUCAGAGACAUGGUUUCUUGUUGGAGGUACCACCUGUGGAAUCCAAGCAGCAAUCCUGGCAACUUGCUCCCCUGGAGAUUAUUUAAUUCUACCUCGGAAUUCUCAUAUAUCUGCCAUUUCUGCUAUCGUAUUAUCUGGUGUCAUUCCCAAAUAUAUUAUCCCUGACUAUGAUUGCCUUUGGGAUAUUACUGCUGGUGUUACUUUAUCCCAGAUAGAGAAAGCAAUCGAGGAGUUGCAUAUGGAAGGUCAAAAAGUAGGUGCAGUUUUCAUCACUUCGCCCACUUACCACGGUAUUUGUAGCAACUUGACUGACAUUUCAAAGCUAUGCCAUUCUUAUGAAAUCCCUGUGAUCGUUGAUGAGGCUCAUGGAGCACACUUUGGAUUUCAUCCCCAGCUACCCUCCUCGGCCCUCCAGCAAGGAGCUGAUCUGGCUGUGCAAUCUACUCACAAAGUCCUCUGCUCUCUCACACAGUCAUCAAUGUUACAUAUGUCUGGGAAUAUUGUAGACAGAGAAAGAAUCUGUAGAUGCCUUCAAACCCUUCAAAGCACUAGUCCUAGUUAUCUGCUUUUGGCAUCUCUAGAUGCAGCUAGAGCUCAGCUAAGUGAAAAACCAGGCAGCAUUUUCAAUAAUGCAUUAGAUUUGGCACUUGAAACUAAAAACCUUAUAAGAAAUAUUCCAGGAAUUUCAAUGCUUGGCACACUCGGAUUUUCUAACUUCCCUGUCAUUGAUCCGUUGAGGCUUACAUUUGGGUUCUGGCAGCUAGGUUUAUCUGGUUUUGAAGCAGAUGAAACCUUAUAUAGCGAUCAAGGGGUCAUCUCUGAACUGGUUGGUACUCGAUCUAUUACUUUUGCCAUAAACCUUGGAACUUGUAGGGACCAUAUCCAGAGGCUUGCAUGUGGAAUAAAGAAUCUAUCUGAAGCGUCCUUGUUGUCAUUUGAAAAAAUAAAAGGCCAAAUAGAGGACCAUUGUGGUUCAGCACCAUUUUCUGAUAUUACUGUGUGUCUUAAUCCUAGAGAAGCCUUCUUUGCAAGAAAAAGGAAAGUGGCAAUUGGAGAGAGUCUUGGGAAAAUUUGUGGGGAACUCAUAUGUCCAUAUCCGCCAGGUAUACCUGUAAUGAUCCCAGGUGAGACCAUUACAAAGAAAGCUCUGGAGUAUUUGGUGCUCGUUAAAAACAAAGGUGCAACUAUUAGUGGAGCCUCUGAUCCUUUGCUCAAUUCCAUAGUCAUAUGUGAUGUCUGAAUUACCAUAUUGAAGUGGCAAGUGAUAAGGAAUUGAAUUGUUAAAAGUUUAAGCAGAGGUGGUUUAGACUAGAUAGCUUAGAAAUUUGACAAUUAGUGUUCAAUGCCAUAACCGUUCAUUGUUGGUUUUAUCAGAUAAGUUUGAAGGAGAAACAUGAUGAGAAGUGAAGAAAUGGAAUGUUGAUGUAGAAAGUAUGAGUAGAUAUAUUGAUGUGAGUUUAUUGUAUCAAUGUUAAUGCAGUAUGUGAAAGUUGUACGACUUACAGCGAGAUGAAGUAUGCUUGCGGUUUGGUAGAGCAAA